AAAGAAAGCACAAACAAAUCACACAGUGAGAGAAACACUUUCACCUGCACUUUCUCGCUCUUGAGGUUGAACUCGAAGUUCUAGUAAUCCACUGUUACAGCCUAAUCGAUCCAUAGAGAACUUUCAAAGAUGAACACAGACAUCACAGCAUCCACAAAACCAGAAUACCCAGUCAUCGAUCGCAACCCUCCAUUCACCACCGUCGUCGGAAACUUCAACACCCUCGAUUAUCUCCGUUUCGUCACCAUCACCGGUGUUUCCGUCACCGUCGGCUAUCUCUCCGGGAUUAAGCCUGGAAUCAGAGGACCUUCAAUGGUGACCGGUGGAUUGAUUGGUGUCAUGGGUGGAUUCAUGUAUGCUUACCAGAAUUCUGCUGGGAGAAUUAUGGGUUUCUUUCCCAAUGACGGUGAGGUUGCUCGUUAUAACAAGAAAUGAUUUUUUUUCUUUCAUAUUGGGAAAAAAAACCCUUUUAUGAGCCAUUGAAUAAUCAGAUUUUCCUUCAGUGUUCUAUAUUGUUGUUAUUGUGAGGAUUUUUGAGGGAUUCUGUGUAUGAAUUUGGUUAACAAGUUAGUAGAUUUCUGUUUUGUUUUAUUGAUUUCCAUUUUCCAGGAGAUAAACUUUGGG